AUGUCAAGAAAGGGUUACGAGACCCUAGCAACCAAUGAAGAUAACACGAAUCAGUCUUUUCAUCCUACAAAGUCUGCAAAUCUUUUGUCUCUUCUGACUUUUUGGUGGAUGAACAAUAUAUUUUCAAAAGGGAAUAAGCGGCCUCUGAACCAAUCAGAUUUUCUACCACUUCAUGAGGACGACAAAGCACGUGACCUAACAGAGAGACUUCAGAAAGAAUGGAAUGACCAACUACUUAAAUGGAACAACUCCCAGGGAAAACAACCCAGACUUUGGAGAUGUGUUUUAAGAACAUUAGUUUCCAAAGUAACGCUAUUUCAUUUGAGCGUUUGGGUCUUCGAAUCCUUCUUUCGGAUAACACAACCGCUUUUAAUCGGAUUUCUCCUUAGCAUGUUAAGUUCCAAUGAGAUAAAUCUUUCCCUAGUAUACGCGUGCUGUUGGCUCUUAGCAUCGAUUGGAUUCUGUUACUUCGGCAAACAAUACUCUGUCUAUAAUCUUGAAUUAUUAGGCAUGAGGACAAGCAGCGCCCUCAAGGGAAUCAUCUAUCUCAAGGUGAGAACUUUAACGCUGUAAUAAUACGGUUGUGACUAGAAUGGAUACCUUAAUAAAAAUCAGGGUGGACACCUUAUGUUUGUUACACAACGCUAUAUACUCCUCCUAGAGAACAAUUUAUGCGAAUUUAUUGGGCAGAUUUUUGAGAAAAGUGAGGACAAUCAGAGUGAGGUAAAGUUGUGCAAGGAAAAGAGUUGAAUAUUGGGUUUAUGAGCAAAGAAGAGUGAUAGGGUUAAGCACUCUUUUAAAAACGGUUUCAAAAAUGUAUCAAAGCUUUGUUAAGUAAGUAAGUUAAAAUUAGUUAACGGUGUCGGCAGUUAGCCCUUGAUGGUGUAGUGGAUACGGAUGUGGAACUUGCCUCAAAUGAUGCGGGUUCAUGACGUACAAACUAACUGCUGUUUUCUUCCAUUUUUUAUUCUCUUACUUAUGACUUUAAGUUAUAAGGCUGCGUGCAAACGGGCGUAACAACUCCCAACAUUGUUGCGCCAACAAUGUUGGGAAUUGUUGCGUGUAUGUUGGCAGUGGUGUGCAAACGGAUGCAUCAACUCCCAACAAUGUUGGGACCUGCAGUGCAUCAUGGGAAGGAUACAACCCAUAAGUCUUUGUAAACCAUGCGUAAUAAGCGUGCGUGGCCCCAACAAUGCUGGAAGAGCUGUGCAAACGAAUCCAACAUUGUUGCGCUACGCUUCGGCGAUCACGGAACAAAAGAAAUGCUGGGAGUUGUUGGCUGAAAAGUUUGGCCGGAUUCAAACUUUGCGCAACAACAUGCAACAGUGUGUGCAAACGGACGCAACAUGUAACAUCCAAGAAUGUUGGAAGUUGUUGGCCAACAAUGUUGCGUCCGUUUGCACGGGGCUUAAGACUCCUAUCAUGUAUUUUGAGUAAAGAUGACAAUCCUGAUUUUAGGGUAUCCAUUCUGGUCACAACCGCUGUGAUACGUAGUAAAUUUUAUGAAGAAAGUCUUGUCAUGUAAGUCCAGACAUAUAACAAUUUUAAUACAACGGUUAUAUAUGAGAUCGAUUAUCAAGCUGGAGCUCGGAAUUAUUAGUGAGCUUUCUGGUGUUAGAUUUCUCCUUCUUCUAAAUGAUAUCUAUCCUUUAUACCAAUGCUUGCUGUUUUUGCUCAGUGCAGGCCGCAGGCUUAUUCAGUGCCUUUACUCCAGGCCGAAACACCCUUGAGAGGAGCGCGGCGUUGUUAAUAUCCCCAUUAUUUUUUAAUCUACUGCUAUCAGGAGCCCAUCACUAGUGAUGGGCUGGCUCCUCACUACCAUCUAAGCGCCACACAGCAUACGGGAAUUUUUCCUUUCUUCUUUUUGGACUUUUAUAAUAACAUUUCUCUCCUCCGAAGAGGUUCGAUGGAGGCAUUAUUGGAUUUUCUCUGCCCUAAGUGGGUCGGGAGGGUCGGGAGCAAAACCCGAAAGAUUCACGUUCUCUCGCCUUGCUCCUACGAGCCUAUGCGGAGGAGAGAGUUAUACCGGGGGCACCCAACGUCAAUUUUCGGAAAAUAUCUCUUCGGAAGACGAUUUGAGAUCUAGAAUUUUCGGAACAUUUGUUGUAAAAUCUCUUGCUUAUCUGCCUCUCCUAGGAUUUUUGAACAUCUACAAAAUAGUAUUAUUGCUCAUUUUUAACGGAUUUUUAACCUAAAAAGGUCACCUAGAAUUUUCGAUCGGGAGCUUUUUUCUGGCUGAAAUCUUUUGAUCGCUAUAACUUUGGGAUCACUAGACUUUCAGCUAGGAAAUCCGAACUGAUGAAAAAUUUUUAGGUGAUAAAAAUGUGCCCAUAUCUACCUUUUAAAUAAUAAAAUACUUUAACAAUGCUGUGUUUAAGUGGUUUCGAACUAUAUUCUCGUUGGGUGUCUCUGGUUAUAAAAUUUUUCAUUCCUGAUCAGACCACUCACAAUUCCACUUAUACUGUAAGCAGCUAUUCAUAGUUUGUUUUAAACUGAUUUUUUUUUGGCAGAUCCCUCUUGUUAGUCGGCAAGACCUUCUAGAAACAACAACAGGCAACAUUUUUGACUUGAUAUCGAAUGAUGUCCAAAGAAUUGAACAGGCUCCUGUACCUUUUACCAGUUUACUUUUUAAAACCCCCUUGGAACUUAUUGCUGUCGUUUGCUUACUGCUGUACUUAAUCGGCUGGCAGCCUUUAAUGGGAGUGUUAUUUAUACUGAUGUUAAUUCCUGUUUGUAUGAUCAUCUCAUACUUUUGUGCUGAACUUCGUAAGAAGACCGCUAAAGUAACGGACCGACGUAUUUCUCAAAUGAGCGAAGUGGUCUGUGGAAUACGUGCGUUGAAAGCACAUGCUUGGGAAGAAAACUACAAGGAAAAGGUGCAGGAAGUAAGAAGGUAAGUAAGAAAUUUAAAAAUAGCAGAGGAAUGAGGGGAGAGAGGUUAGAACUGAUUUCACCGCAUACUUAUUAAGGUGAUGUAGUGAGGGACAACGCAGAUAUCAGUUUCCAGCCGAUAAAGCCCCUGACAGAAUUAUGAGAAUCAGUUAAGGUGGCGUUGAAUACAUAGAAAUUCGCCCUUUGGACGCAAAAUGAACUAAAAUGCGCGGGAACUCAUGAGCGUGUGGCAGCAUAAUGAGGGUUAAACGAAACGAACACUUCGUUGAACUGGACUAAAUGAUUGAUCAUAAUUUUACGUACAUAUCAAAUUAAUAUAACACUUGCACCUGUCAUUGCAGAGAGGUGAAAAUUAUGGAAGUAGGCUUAGGAAUGCAAUGCAUGAAAAUGGUAAAUGUUCUGUUACAGUGCUAAAUCGCAUCGGUUUGCAUUAGAAGCGGCUAAACAUUAUGUUCAAGGCGAAACCCAGGGGGUUCUCAACAAAAUUUCAUACAGGGAGGCUCCGCUCCGAGGUGCAACCUCUUAAUAGGCAGUACCCCUGGGGGACACAACGGCAAAAAUCAACUUCUGAUUAUUUUUCCCGACAUGAGUUAUCUUUGCCGUUUUUUCCCGAAUCAUGAUGUUUAACUCCUGGGAGGUGUUCCCUAUCAUGGCCUACACGGGAAGGCCCGUCCCGAAAGGGGUACCUUUUUCAGGCUUCAGGUAUAAGAAGGGGUAGGGGUUUUACUAGUUGAAGUAUAUAAAAGGGUAGGGAAAUCUGUCAUCUUGGUCUGCAAAACUUUUGUUAUUUGUUUACUUUCUAGGAAUGAAAUCUGGAUGCUCACCAAAAAGAGCUUCCUUUUGUCGAUCAUUGGUAGCUUUCUGUUCGCAAGCUCAGCAGCGACCUUUUUGUCUAUGCUAGCUCUUGUUCUAACAGGAGAAUAUCGUUCGCCUUCAAGAGCCUUUAUGAUACUUGCCUUCAUGAAAACUCUUCGUUCAGUGUCUCUCAGGCUGGCUGAUGGUGCCCCACUAGCAUUCGAGUUAUUCGUCUCCUUUCAAAGAAUAGAGAGAUUUCUCCUUUUAAAUAACGUAGCCCUGGAUCCCGUAGACUACGAUGACGGCGCAAGCAAUCAAUUAUUGAUCCGAAAGUCAUGCCCCAAAGACCGCUGUAUAAAUCAAAGGGUUUCUUUACAUGACGGUGAUGCAGGUGAUGAGCAGCCACUGGCAAGUAAACUACGGGAUGGAAGUUUAUCAGUUUCGAAUCUUACCUGUAAAUCAGGCGACAAGUAUCUUCUCCGAGAUGUCAGUUUUGAUUCAUCUCACAGAAGCCUAACUGUAAUCACUGGUCAAGUUGGCAGUGGAAAAUCAACCCUGCUGGCCGCCAUUGCUGGUGAGGCGGCCAAAACACGUGGUAGUGUUCUAUUCUCUGGAAAUAUAUCUUACGUCCCACAAAGUGCCUGGCUCUUUUCCGGAACAUUCAGAGAAAAUAUAUUAUUUGGCGAGCCAUAUGAUAAACAGAAGUACGCCGAAGUUAUUGACGCCUGCGCACUGAGAGAGGACGUCGGGAGAUUUCCAAAUGGCGACCUAACAUUCGUUGGCGAACAAGGUGUUACACUCAGUGGCGGUCAGCGUGCACGCGUUAGUUUGGCACGCGCAGUGUACGCUGAUGCAGACGUGUAUCUGUUGGAUGACCCUCUAAGUGCCGUGGACGCGAAAGUCUGCGAACACAUAUUUAAUCAAUGUAUUUGCAAAUUACUGCAGAAUAAAAUUACCAUUUUGGUGUCAUAUGCAAGGACACACAUGAUCGCAGCUGACCAGGUUGUGGUUCUCCACGAAGGAUCCGUGCUUGGAAAAGGUAGUUUUAAUGAGUUGCAAGGCAGAGAAGAAAUUGCUGCCGUCAUCGAUGCAUCUGUCAACGAGGAAAAGCCGACACCUCCUACACUAGGUACGGAAGAUGGCAUUGCGCAUUCACGUUUUGAGAAGUCCACUGGAAGCUUUGAUGAGCAUUUGGAGAUCGAAGAGGAAGAGAAAGCUAUUGGAAAAAUUUCAGCAACAAUGUACUGGGAAUAUUUCAAGGCAGGAACACACCCUGCAGUGGUGAUUUUCAUUCUCUCUUUCUUCGUGGGCGCGCAAGGUUAGUGAGCUGAGUUUUUUUUAACAAAGUUCUCAACAAACAUUACACGUUUCAUAAAAUAAGUUACCCUAAGGCGUUUGAGUUCUUUUACUGGAAACUACGUUUCAAAUAAAAUUGCCGUUAGUUAACUGAUUAGAUGUCCCGGGUAAUUUUAUAAUUGUUUUGAAUUAAGUCAAUCAAAUUGAUAGCAACUUCAGUACAAUAUAAUGGCGGUUGGAGUCAGUAUUAAUUUUCGCUUCAAAUAGUUUAUAAAACCCGCUCUCAGAAGGUUUUCUUGAAGUUAAGAGUGUAGUUUGGGGAUCGGGACAGGGCCCUUAUUGCAGGGAGUGGCGUUUUUUCCCGGGGGACCCGUGUUUGCUCGAAUAAAUAAAAAACCAAAUUUUAUAGUUUCUUUAAAAAAUUAAGUUUUAAAAAACUGUUGAAAACAAGACAUAAGCAUGAAGCUCUAACAAAUUUUGACGUGUAUUGUCUUUUUUUUUAUUCUUUUAUCAAAAAGCUUUUAUAGUGUCUCCUGAUCUAUGGCUUUCGCAUUUGACCAAGAUGAGUUGCGGAGCCCAGCAAGAAUCAGAAACCUGGUAUAUCUACGCCAGUUUUGUCUCCGCUGCAUUGAUUGUCGCUGCCAUUCGCGUUUUUUUAUUCUUCUUUAUGUGCCUCCGAUCCGCUGAAAACCUCCACAACAAAAUGGUAUCCAGCCUUCUUCAAGCAAAGGUGUUAUUUUUCGACACAAAUCCAGCAGGACGAAUUUUAAACAGAUUUUCCAAAGACAUUGGUUGCUUGGACGAACUAUUACCUGCACUGUUUGCUGCGUAGGCUCGAUUUCCGCCGUCUCCCGGGUCCGGUCUUUAAUCCUCCCCGAAGAGAGACGGGAUGAGUGCUGGCUCAUUUUCCCGAACAGCGGGCUGGUAAUCGAGCCUAUUUGCUGCGUCCAUGCAGUUAAAUUUGUCAAUGUUGACAGCCGCUGUGUUACCAGCGUUCACGAAUGUUUGGCUCUCUUUUGUUUGUUUCCCUGUUAUUGGUAUUUUCUUGUGUUUAGCGUGGUAUUACUUAAAGACUUCAAGAGAAUUGAAGAGGUGGCAGUCAAUAUGUCGCAGCCCUGUUUUCUCUCACUUCUCAGAGACUAUAGCUGACUUGGACACCAUUCGCACUCGAAAAAGGGAAAGGGAUUUCAUGGAUCAAUUUUAUCGGUAAGUUGAUUCAUGUUGGUCAUACCGGCAUAUUUGGUUAGCGUAAAUUAUCACAAUUGACACUAACUGUCAAUGUCUCACAUGAACAUAAAGAAACUGUCCAUAACGGUCAAUCAAACCCAACACCUUCAAGCUUGCCAGCUGCUUAAGACGAUUAACCGAGUGUAGCAUGAAGAGUUUCAACUCAAGUCAGGCCAUUCAGCAGCUAGAGCCACCAAUAGACGGGUCAUAGCCCGGGGGGGGGAGGGUACUCCCUAUGAUGGCCUUUACGGGGAGGCUCCACCCGAAAGGGGUACCUUUUUCAGGCCUCAGGUAUAUGAAAGAGUAGAGAUUUCACUUGUUGAAGUAUAUAAAAGGGUGGGGAAAUCUGUCAUUUGGGCCUGUGAAAGGGCCCAAAAGGGCUAACAGAUAAAUUUUAUGGCUUUCUAAAGUUGAGAAAACGUUCUAUUCAGUUUUGUGAUUGAUUCCUAUUUAAAAGACAGUGCAUUUACAGAAGUUAAAAGGGAUGCAAAGUUCUAAACAAGGUAUGUGAAAGGGGUAUCAUUUGUCAACAGAAGGUAUACGAAAGGGAUACCUUUUUUGUGAAAAAAUGGUACAUAAAAGGGUAAGGGUUGGACCUCGGGGCGGAGCCUCCCCGUAUAAACAUUUGUUGAGUACCCUCAUUUGUUGAGGAUUUCUUAGUGGCUAAAACAAGUUAUCAAAUGUUAGAAGUUUUAGAACUCUGCUCUCGGGUGCCUUAACCUAUAGCCUUCAAUAAAAAUGACGUUAAAUCUCGACCUUGUAAGGUCUCUAAUGACUCAUUGUAGCCAUUUCUCUCAUUUGCAGACGUCAGGAUGUACACAAUCAAGUAUUUUCCAUAACACUUUCCAGCAAUCGAUGGCUUUGUGUGAGAGUAGACAUCUUAAGUUCAUUCCUUAUUGCAGCAGUGGCUACACUUUCAGUUCUUGUCACCGAGGAACAAGGUAAACAGUAGAGAGCUGAAAACCCGCGGCAACAGAUCAAAGAUUUUUUCGUAGUAGUUUAAGCUCAGUACAACGUAUGUGCCUAGCUCCGCCGGAGGUCAUUUAGUGCUCCAUCUCUUUUCAUUCCUGAUAAGUAACUACCUUAAGCCCUCCCGGUGGGGGGGGGGGGUACUUUCAGAAAAAAUGGGUGGGGGUGGGGGUAUGCGGCACUCUUCCUGAAACCUUUACCCUAUUUCAGACCAAAAUCUGUGUUUUUCCCUACCUUUUUACUGACCUGAUCAAAUUUGAUACCCUAUUUCAGACCUGCCUUAUAAUCAGUUCCCUAGGUCAGACCAAUGUUAAAGACAAUGUUUAUACGCUUUUAUUAAGGAGGAUACAAAAAUCUUCAAAUUUUCGAGCUUAAAGGGAAAUGGUCUUAUCAUCUAAUGACGAAGAAGAAGCUUCUUCUAAAAAACAUACCCAAUUCAAGACUAGGGUGCACAAACCAUACCCUAUUUCAGACCAAAACGGCUAAAAACCUAUACCCUUUGGCGCCGCACAUACCUCAAUAGCCUAUAUAAGGGAGUACCCCCCCCCCCCGGAGCUUAAGCCCCAUUCACAUCAAAGCUAAACGUGUUUAAAUGCUGUUUACUAAACAGCAUUUAAACUGAGUUAAACACGGUUUAAAAUUGUUUCCUUCAUAAAAGCCAGCAAAUUUAGUGCAAAUAAAUUACAAAACAGGUUGAAUUUCAUUUGAAUCCUGUGUUAAAACCAGUUUUCCAUGUCCCCUUUUUAUUUUUUAAAACCUCGUUUGGUUUAAACAUGUUCAGUUGGUGUGAAUGGGGCAUUAGUCAUGUUUCCCCACAAAUUCUCUCAGACAAUGACUCUUAGACAAAUCCACUAAGUAAUCUCUCUACCAUAUGCGAGCUUGAUGCUUUAAAUCUCUUUACUUAAAGAACAGAUUGAAAGUAUUAUUACUGGUAGCAGUAAAGCAGACUUCUUGAUGAAUCUUACUCAUGAUUACAUGCAUUCCGUGGGCAUUCGAUGAACAUCGGAAAAAUUAAAUUAUUUAUGCGCGGCGGAAUACCUUAGUCGAUACAGCACUUGACUGCAGAGCGGAAGGUCGAGGGUUCGAUUCCCAGGGCCGGACCAAUAACACUGUCUUGAAAUAACUGAGAAAUGAGUUACUUCCUUUGUCCUGCAAACGGCUAGACCUUCGAGUGGCUCCGAUGACCACGUAAAAAGGCGGUCCCGUAUCCAGAAGGAGACGUGUCCUCAAUUAGUACUUUCGUGUUAAAUACAUUGACACUCAUAUUAAGUGCGUUUUUUUAUUGUUUUUGUUUAUAGCUUUGAUUGGACUUUCUCUUGCAUACGUGAUUGAAACAACAAAUGUAGCUUCAUACGCGGUGCGAAAGUUUUCGGAUGUGGAGAAUUUUAUGACGUCAUUUGAGCGAGUCAAAGUCUACACCAACCUCGACGCAGAGCCAGGAUACAAAACAGAAAGCAUGCCCCCAAUAAACUGGCCUCGUGACGGUCACGUGAGCUUCACAAAUGUUUCCUUGAGGUAUUACCCAGGUGGGCCGCAAGUGCUCAAGGAUUUAACCUUUAAUAUUAAAGGACGACAAAAUUUGGGAAUUGUUGGCAGAACAGGAGAUGGAAAGUCGUCUAUCGUGGCGGCCCUUUUGCGCAUGCCUGAAGCUGAGGGGGAAUAA